CACUGUUACGUCAAAUUAUCCUAACGUCAUGCUAUAGUUGGGAAGUAUUUGAAAUGCCCGUUAGGCGAUGGUCCUCGGAGGUUUUGAGGCCCUCGCGCUCUAUUUGAUAUUUCGACCGUUAUUCAUCCUAUAAGGUUUUACUUGUUAAACUGUUGAGCAUCUUGAAUCAGCAAGAUAAUAACUAGUUUUGCCAGAAACAUUUAACAAACUUUCAUCAUGGAAGUCGUAGAGAUACCGACUGAGAAAACUGAGCAAUUCAACACAACUAUUAAUGUAAGUCUUUUGGACGAAGCGGGAAGAAAUUAUAUUGACAAUAUUAGACAGAUAAUGAACGAGAGUGUAAAGGAAAAUCGAGGAGGGCCAAGAGAAUGGACUAUCCAGGACUUCCAAAUUGGAAUGCCAUUAGGCAGAGGUCAGUUCGGCAGGGUGUAUUUGGCAAGAGAAAAGAAAACUAAAUUUAUUGUCGCUCUAAAAACACUUAUAAAGAAAGAACUGAUCAAAGGACCAAUGCAACACCAGGUUUUACGUGAAAUAGAAAUACAGUCACAUUUGAUCCACCCUAACAUCCUCCGUCUGUACACGUACUUCCAUGAUGUACAACGGGUUUAUUUGGUGCUCGAAUAUGCCGGCAAUGGUGAGCUUUUCACUUUCCUCCAGAACCAGAGAAAUAGGAGGUUCAGCGAGCGGCGUUCUGCAAAGUAUACGUACCAGGUGGCCGACGCGUUGGAAUACUGUCAUAAGAAUUCUGUCAUGCACCGUGACAUCAAACCAGAAAAUCUUCUUCUCGAUGUAAAUGACAAUGUUAAAGUCGCUGACUUUGGUUGGUCGGUCCACGCCCCGUCAGACAAGAGGAGGACAAAGUGCGGCACAUUGGAUUAUCUCCCGCCGGAGAUGGUCGAGCACAAGACUUAUAACAAUCAUGUCGACCACUGGUGUCUAGGCAUCCUUUGCUACGAAUUCCUUGUCGGUAAUCCCCCUUUUGAAAGUGAAGACGACAAAACGACUUACGAAAAGAUAAAAAAAGUCCAAAUACAUUACCCCUCUUACCUGAAACCCGGUUCGAUUGAUCUCAUUUCUAAACUUGUUAAAUACGAUCCGAAAGAUAGGAUUUCUUUCCAUGAAGUGAAGACACAUCCAUGGCUAGUUGAAAAUAAGAACAAAUUUUUAAUGGAAUGAUUAAUUUUUUCUAAUUAAUUAAGUUUGUAACAUUAUUCUAUUCAAAUAUUUAUUAAAAAAAUUUCCAAACAUUUGGCAUAAUAUAAGCCUUUUAUUCAAUAAAUUGUCUUUUUAUUUAUUUAUUUUUUCUUUUUGCUGUGCUGUAUUCAAUUUUCUGUUUCUAUAGUUUUAAGUUGAUGUUUAAAAGUGUAUUUGGCAUCUUAGUUCUUUGUUACUGUUUAUUAACUAUUGUAUGUUAUGAAUUUUCAGUUGUCUUUAAUCUGAUUACUUCAGUAAAUAGAUGUGCAGUCAUAGAAUCUGUAAAAAAUUUUAAAUUGAAUAAAAUAAUGCAAAUUAUUUGUGAACAUUCUUUUGGAUUGUAUACAACCGUUUCUUCUUAACCUAAUUAAUUCUUGCAUUUGAAUGUGUGGUAUUUAGUGACCGUUAAUUAAUGUUUAUUUAGAGAUCAUGA